GCCAUAACACUCACUUUUUCUGCUGCUCGCAGCUAUAGUCGCUCAUUUGUCCCGCUUUCCCCUUUUCCCUAUUCCCCACUUCACUUCCUCGGUGUAUUGUUAUAACCUUUUUUAUCUUUGCACAAAAUUGUGGGUCACAUACAAUGAACGCCUCUGCAACAGUACGGGCAUCAUACAUCCGCCAGGCGCGAGUGAGCAUCAUCGGCCAUCCAGUCAUAGCACUACGACCACGGUCUGCUCAUGAAGACAAACUAAAAGAUUUCGUUCAUGUUGAUCAUGUUGAGCAUCGUCAAAAGUGUGAAUCGGAGCGAGUUGCUGCACCCGCUGUCUUUGAUUUGGAGAAGGAUGCGGAUAUGAAAGAGAUAUACAUCGAGGACAAGUUCGUCGACUCGACCGACAACCUCUCCGUUAUGGAAUGGGAAGAGUCCAGCUCGACCAGAGUGCGACUAAAGAAAAUGGUUACUGUCUUCCCCUACCGCGACCCCAUCUACCUUGUCGCCAUCAUCCUCCUCCUUGGCUCUAUCGACCUCGUAAUCAAUGCCUUCUUUGACCUGCUACCCCGUCUCUAUCCUUCCUCUUCCUUUGCCGAAUCAGAGCAGGAUAUUGUCGCGGUGCCCCUCACAAUUCUCAUCGGCUCAAUCCUUUUCUUCAUCGCCGGUGUCUUCGACACUUUUGGCGCCCUCAAUGCCGACAGUGGCCAAAUCGGAGCCACUAAGACCAAACCCAACAAAGUCAUGUACCGACCUGCUCUUGUUGGCACGCCACAGUUCUGUUGGAUCCCUUCCCGGGCCAAGCUGUUGGACCUCACAGUUAACAGCCUAGCGUUCCAAGCAGGUCUUAUCGUCCUCUUUGGCGGCGUCAUCUUCAUGUUCGGUGGCAUUGUGGAUUUCCCCGGUGUGGUGGAUGAAGAAAGUCCAUACUUCUCCUCCAUUGUUUUUGGACCUCAGGUCGUCCAUGGAAUGUUGUUUUUCGUGGGCAAUGCCAUGCUGGCGUUUUCAGAGCAGGAGCGUUGGUACAAACCCAAGAUCACAGACCCGGACUGGAUAAGCGCUUUUUUGAACACAAUCGGAGGUUUCGCGUUCAUGAUGGCGGGCAUCUUUUUGUUUCAGAAGGAGGCAUCUGUGGAAGAGGGUGAGAUCCGGGCUGCGAUUGCAGCCAUGGUCGGAAGUUGGGCGUUUUUGGUCGGAAGCGUCAUUCGCUGGUAUGUUGUUUUGGAGGUUUGGUAAUCGCUUUUUCUUCGUUGUAUUCUGGCUGCGUUUUUUUCUUUUGUGCAAGGUGUUGUUGGCCUUUUCUUUUUCGGGCAGGGUUCGGCUGGACUUAGGCGGACCUCGAGGUUGCUAGGGUGAUGAUUUCUUUUCACACGGCGUACGAGAAUGUAUUCAUUAUUGCGGGGACAUGAUACCAAAAAGUUUUGUUUUGUAAAGAGAUACACUUUUUCAGAAGUGGAGUGCAUGUAACCGCGUCGAAAAUGGAUGCGCAAGACCAAGGUUUGAGGUUGUUGCUUGAUCGAAGACCUUGGGUGGUAUCUGUUCCGAAGUAGGCCUCUUCCAGUG